GUCAAGCUGAACCCUUUUUCUCUUCUUCUCGCGUCAGCUUCAAAGCAGGUCAUCGCCGAGACGCUCCUCAUCCUCCCUCCUUGAAUUACUUGACGUUUCUGAUUCUAUUCUUGACUUUCCCCUCCUAAUAAUUCCCGUCGUUUUCCACUUCUCCCUCAUGGUUAAGUGUCCUUCCCUCCUUCAACGUCUCCUUUUUCUCGUUCCCUAGAAGCAUCGCUUGAAAUAACUUCAACUUGAAGUCUGGAGGCGAUCAAAGCUGACAUUUGGAGCGUUUCGACUCUGUUCGGCGGCGGUUUGCGCGCCUGGCAGCGGGCCCGACGACGAGCGCGCCUCGCGGCCGUGUUGGAUCGCGGCCGCGGGCCCAGAUGUUGCCGGGCCGGCCCGGGAGUUCGUGCGGCGGCGAGAACCGCAAUGAAAUGUGAGCCUGCUCCGUCAUUUUGGGGAUGUUUUACAAAAGACACGUUAGCGGGCCACAGCCCCGCGAGCAGAUGUUAGCGCUCUGGGAAAACAAGGGGAAGCGACACCGGGGACGCCGAGGAAAGGACACCGCCAGACGAUAUGGCUCAAGAUGUCGGUGGAUUCUGAGAAUUCUUGCGCGCUGUUGUCCUCGCGAGACUCGCGCAUCUCCUGCGUCUUCCGGGCGGCGGACGAGAAAGAUGACGUCCAGGCAGCGGGAGACGAGAGCGUUCUGGAGAUGCUGAGCUGCUCCAAGUUCUCGGACCUGGAAACAUGGCUGUGCAUGCCCUCGUCGCUCCUGCUGCCGCCCUCCCCGGACUCGGACUCGGCCUCCGCGUCCGACCGCGGCGAUGGCGACAGCGAGCGGGACGGCGCCUUCCUGGCCCCGGCCUUGAGCAAGGAGACGCCCUUCCUGGUGACCCCGCUGCUGCCCGUCCUCUCGUCCACGCCCGCCGCCGCCGCCGCCGCCCUGGCCUCCCACGGCGCCGUCGGCAUCAGGAAGCGCCGCCGUCUCGCCGCCGGUCCCGGAGGCCUUCACUGGAAGUCAACAGGUUCGCCGCGGUCACCCGAGGAGGAGGACGAGGAGGGCGGCCCGGGCGACCUGGCGAGGCGCCACCACCCGGCCCAGCGGAGCGGCGCCGGCGAGCGGGCGGCCGUCAGGAAAACGCUUUCUGCCGACGAGCGGCUUCUGCAGCCGGCCGGCGCCGAGCGACGACACCUGAAGCUGCUCGGCAGACUGGAGAGAGGACGCAAGAAGCUGCGCGACAUCCACAGUCUGAGAAGUCCGAGUAGAUACGACUCCAGAAAGAAGUCGGACGGCAAGCUCGCCCGAUUGGCGCAGAGGUGGAACGGGCGCACGGCGGCCGGCGACGCCCUGAUCCGGGACCCGCGGCCCCUGUUUUGCACGGGAAUCCCCCGCUCCUCACGAAGCCUGGACAGACGCCUCCCGGCUGUGAUGACCCAGCAGAUGCAGAACUUGCAGUUGUCUCAAGCCAAGAAGGUCCCGGGAGGGCCGGCCUCCCCCAACGCCGCCAAGCGCCUUUAUCGCAACCUGUCGGAGAAGCUGCGAGGAAGCACGUCGUCCUUCGAAGACGCCUACUUCUUCGGGAAGACCGAUCGCCUUCGAAAGGCCUCGACGAUGCAGGGCAGCGAGUGCCUGCUGGAGGCGGUGGAGCAGCAGGACGCGGACGCGGUGCGGAUCCUGCUGGGCCGCUUUUCGGCCGAGGAGCUGGACCUGAACACGCCCGACGGCCGGGGCCUGACGGCGCUCGACGUCGCCGUCAUGACCGACGACGCGCCCAUCGCCGAGAUGCUGCUCGAGGCCGGCGCGAGGGAGGGGCCGCGCUUCGUGAGCGGCGAGAGUCGCGAGGCCCACCUGGCGGCUCUGGCGGCCGAAGCGGAGCGGCGCGCCGCAGAGCUGGCGGCGCGGGCGCAGCGGGACGGCCUGUCGCUGGAGGCGUGCCACAAGGACAAGCAGCUGAGGGCCUGGGAGUGGAGGUGCAAGCUCUACAAGCGCAUGGAGAGCGCAUUCCAGCACGCACGUUCGCCGGAGGCUCCCGCGCGGGUCCGUCUGAGCGUCAGCAGCAGCUCCUCGCUGAGCGUCGCCUUUCAGGAACCGCGAGGCCUCGACUCCACCGUGGUCACCAAGUACAGAGUGGAGUGGAGCUGCUUGAAGGAUUUCUCACUGCUCGCCGGAGAGAUGCUGCACGAGAACCCGCGCAGCCUCAAAUGCACCAUCGGCAGCCUCAGCACGGGUCGUCUGUACUACGUGCGAGUGUCGGCCUGCAACGUGAGGGGCUGGGGUCCGCCCGCCUGCGCCUCGCCGCCGGCUGCCGCCCCUUCCAACUGGCGAGAGAGCGACGGCCGGAAGCCCAGGAGGCACAGCCACAUCGAGGUUAUGGAGCGCCUGCUGCAGCAAGUCCGAGCCACGCACUCGCACUACUGCUGCGGAGACGCGUCCAAGCUGCAGAACCCCAGCAGGAAGCAGUCGGUCUCCCGGAGCCUCAAGCAUCUUUUCCACUCCUCCAACAAGUUUGUGAAGACACUGAAAAGGGGGAUCUACUUAGCGGCCGUGUUCUACCACAAGGACAGUUUACUGGUGACGGCCGAGGACCAGAUCCCCAUCGUGGAGGUGGACGACUCCUACGGCAGCUCCCUCAUGCAGGACUUCCUGUGGUUCACUAAGCUGUCGUGCAUGUGGGAGGACGUCCGGUGGCUCCGCCAGAGCACGUCGGUGUCCACGUCGUCGUCGUCCACGCUGCAGGCCCGCCACAAGAUGCUGAGCGCGGCCGGGCAGCUGCAGAGCCUGCUGGGCACGCACAACCUGGGCCGCGUCCACUACGAGCCCAUCAAGGAUCGCCACGGCAACGUGCUGCUGGUGACCGUGCGCGACGCCGAGGGCCAGCGCUCGCUCUUCGGCGGCAAGUGGAUGCAGGUGGCCAAACUGCAGAGUCAGCGCAAGUCCUUGUCCACGCCCGAGGAGCCGUACGCCCUCGACGUCCUCGUCAUCACCCUCCAGGACAUGGUGGCGUACCAGCGGCGCAGCACGCAGCGCCUGGCGCCGGGUCUCUACCUGGGCUACCUGAAGCUCAGCAGCUCGGUGGACCAGAUCCGCGUUCUGGUCUCUCAGCGGACCCCCAACAUGCUGUGUCACGUCCGCGUACGGGAAAACGCCAACGUGUCCAGGGAGGAGUGGGAUUGGUUCCGCACGCUGUCGGCCGCCGGCGAGGACGGCGAGGAGGCUCGGCCCGAGAGCCGCGCCGGCCACGCGCCGCUCCUCUUCUACGAGCUCCAGAUGGCCAUCGAGUCCCUGCUCAAGAACCUCAACCUACCUCUGCACCAGGCCCGCCACUUCCGCCUGUACAGCCAGGAAGUGGUGGAGCUGGGUCACGGCGUCUGCUUCCUGCUGCUGCUGCCGGCCGCCGACGACGUCUGCUCGGCCCCCGGCCAGUCCAACCCCUACGCGCCGCUCUCGGGCUUCCUGCACCUGCCGCUGCAGAUGUUUGAGCUCGUGCACUUCUGCACCUACAAGGAGAAGUUCAUCAGUUUGUACUGCCGCCUGUCGUCCGUGCUGGACCUGGACGGCCUCAUCACCCAGCAGGCGCUGCGGGAGGCCAUCACGGACGGCGAGGUGGCCGGCGCCAAAACGAGACAUCGGCUCAUACUCGACUACGUCCAGCAGCUGGACGAGACGCGGCGAGACCUCCGCUGGCUGACGGACGCGCUGCAGUACGCCCGCUACAAGCACCCGCGCGGCGGCGUACCCGUCACCUGCCUGGUGGACGCCGGCGCCCCGGAAAGCGAGGACGGACAGCAGAAGACCGACUCCACCUCGUCCGCCAUGGACUACCCGCCCUCGCCCUCGCCGGAACUGCGCAGGAGGAAGGCCAUCAGCGUUGUCCCGAGCGGGGCAAAAAUAGGUGGGGCUGACCAUCUUGCGGAUGUUGACUCGCCGCCGCCGCCGCGUUUAGACUCGCUCCCGGGCUCGGACGAGGACGGCUGCUCGGAGGUGUUCCUGCCCACGGACAGCGACUACGACUCCAGCGACGCCCUGAGCCCCCGGGAACUGGACCUGCUCUACUCGCCCCCCCGGGACCUGUCCCGGCAGGCCGUGCACUCGCUGGGGGGGAGCGCCCCCGACGUGCUCCAGAUCCACGAGCUCAGGUACAGCACCCCCCCUGUUCGGGACCGCCCCCGGUCGCCGGCCCUGAGGGAGCCCAAGUCGAAAGAUGGCACGGCGCCCUUCCCGCCCCACUCGUCCUCGGUCUCCAUAGACUCGGCCGCCUCGCCCUCCGCCCUGCCACGCUCGCCCUCGCUCCCCCGGGCGCCGCACUUGUCGCCGUCCGCCCCGCUGCCCCCCCGCUUCUCCGGCGACCCCCCGCCGUCCUCGCCGCUCUGCCCGGCGUUGUGCCACACCACCGAGACGCUGGAGGGCCUCUCGCUCUCAAGGACCCAGCAGGAGGGGGGCGCCCCCCAGCUGAGGCCCGUCCCCAACCCCCCCUCCAAGCGCAAGCUGCUCUCCAAGAGCCACCGGGGCCAGUAUUUCAGCGGGCCCCAGCGCCGGCUAAGGGGCCACAGCGGCGAAAGCCACACGGGGUCUUUAUCCGAGGGCGUCUACACCGAGCAGCGCGACCCGGACCCGCCGCCGCCGCCCGCCUCGCACGGCGCCACCUACGUGAGCCGCACCGACUGCGUCCUGGAGAGCCGCGAGGGGCGCCUCCGACAGCACGGGCCCCACGUGAGACGGAUUUUCCUGGAGGCCCGCGAGGAGCUGGAGGGGGCGGGGGCGGCGGCGGCGGCGGGGUCGGAGGGCGCGGGCGAGGACCCGGAAGGGGCGGCCGGACAGGACGUCGACUCGGACGACCAAACCAACGCGCAGGUGUCGGAGAUUCUCAGCAGCACCCUCUAGGCCCCCGAAAGCGUCGCACGUCCGCACGUCCGUGGCGGUUCUUUUUUGAAAAGGUCGUUUUCGAGGGUCAUACCAUUGGCCGC